CUUGUCCAUUUCUCCACCUACAAAUUGAGAAAAAAAAACAGAGAGAGAAGAAAAAGAAGAAAAUGGGAAGAGCUCCAUGUUGUGAUAAAGCAAAUGUAAAGAGAGGUCCAUGGUCUCUUGAAGAAGAUACUAAACUCAAAGAUUUUAUUCACAAAUUUGGUACUGCUGGAAAUUGGAUUGCACUUCCUAAAAAAGCUGGACUAAAGAGAUGUGGAAAGAGUUGUAGAUUGAGAUGGUUAAAUUAUUUAAGGCCUAAUAUAAAGCAUGGUGAUUUUUCUGAUGAAGAAGAUAGAGUUAUCUGCAACUUGUAUGCCAACAUUGGAAGCAGGUGGUCAAUUAUAGCAGCUCAAUUACCAGAAAGAACUGAUAAUGAUAUCAAGAAUUACUGGAACACGAAGCUCAAGAAAAAACUUAUGGGAUUAAUAAUACCUAAUAAUAAUAAUAAUCCUAAUAAUUACCAAAAUAAAUCACUCUAUUUUCCAUCUAUUACUACUUCUCUUCAAGCCCAACAACCCCAAAUAAUUUCAGGGCUUUCUAAAGACUCAUUUUAUGACACCCCAAAUCAACAGUCCAAUUUUUCUGCCCAAGAAAAUCUUUAUUACAACAUGAUGACCAACUUUCCUAAUUUGGGUGCUACAAAUCAUCAAUAUUCUUAUAAUAAUUUUCAAAGUUACCCACAAUUACUAAAAGAUAAUAAUUUAAUUAGCCAGAUGAGUUUUGGGAAAGAAAUCAAGAAUAUGGGUGAUUAUUUACAAGGUCAAUUUUCAAGUGAUUCAAUUGAAGAAAACCAAAAUUUUAUUAUUGAUUAUAGUCAUAAUCAUGUAAACACUUUUGGCUGAUCAGAGUGUUUAAUUAUCCAAGUAUUGUAUUUUAACUUGUUAAUGUUGUUAUGUAAAACUUUUAUCUUUUAGAUUUCAUGUCAUUCUUAUGUAUUUAAAUAGUCUAAGAUAUUAUUUGGAGACAUUUCAUCAA